GAGGGCCGGUCGGCCGUGCCUGCCCGCCCUCCUUUUCCUCCUCCCUCCUCCUCCUCCUCCUCCUCCUGCUCCCUCUUUCCCAUCCCCGCUUCCCCGCCAGGAUCAGCCGCGGCCGCCGCGCCUGGGAGCUGGGCACCAUGUCGGGGCAGAGCCUGACCGACCGCAUCACGGCGGCGCAGCACAGCGUGACGGGCUCGGCCGUCUCCAAGACCGUCUGCAAGGCCACCACGCACGAGCUGAUGGGCCCCAAGAAGAAGCACCUCGACUAUUUAAUACUGUGUACGAAUGACAUGAACGUAAACAUCCCACAGUUGGCAGACAGCCUAUUUGAAAGGACAACUAACAGUAGCUGGGUAGUAGUCUUCAAAUCUCUCAUCACAACUCACCAUCUCAUUGUUCAUGGAAAUGAGCGUUUUACCCAGUACUUGGCUUCCAGAAACACAUUGUUUAACUUGAGCAAUUUCUUGGACAAAAGUGGAUUGCAAGGAUAUGAUAUGUCCACAUUUAUUAGGAGAUAUAGCAGAUAUUUGAAUGAGAAAGCAGUUUCCUACAGACAAGUAGCUUUUGACUUUACAAAAGUAAAAAGAGGAGCUGAUGGAGUCAUGAGGACAAUGAAUACUGAAAAACUGGUAAAAACUGUACCAAUUAUACAAAACCAAAUGGAUGCACUGCUUGAUUUCAAUGUCAACAGCAAUGAACUCACAAAUGGUGUAAUUAAUGCAGCCUUCAUGCUCCUUUUCAAAGAUGCCAUUAGACUUUUUGCAGCAUAUAAUGAAGGGAUUAUUAAUUUGCUGGAAAAAUACUUUGACAUGAAAAAGAACCAAUGCAAGGAAGCCCUUGACAUAUAUAAGAAGUUUCUAACUAGAAUGGCAAGAAUUUCUGAGUUUCUCAAAGUUGCAGAGCAAGUGGGGAUAGAUAGAGGAGACAUACCAGAUCUUUCUCAGGCACCAAGUAGUCUCCUGGAUGCUUUAGAGCAGCACCUGGCCUCCUUGGAAGGAAAGAAAAUCAAAGAUUCCACUGCUGCUAGCAGGGCUACCACGCUUUCCAAUGCCGUUUCUUCCCUCGCAAGUACUGGCCUCUCGCUCACCAAAGUCGAUGAAAGGGAAAAACAAGCUGCAUUAGAGGAAGAGCAGGCCCGCUUAAAAGCUCUAAAGGAACAGCGUCUAAAAGAGCUUGCCAAGAAACCCCACUCGUCUUUAACCACAGCCUCUUCGCCCGUGUCUAAUGCUGCAGGAAGUAUAAUGACCACCCCAGCUAUCGAUAUUUUUUCCACCCCCAGCUCUUCAAACAGUUCAUCAAAGCUGCCAAAUGACUUGCUUGAUUUACAGCCAGCUUUUCACCCAGGUGUGAAUCCGAUAUCCUCCGCACCACAAGUGGGAGGGACCUGGGCAGGGUUUACACCAUCUUCUGUUGCUCCAUCGCAGCCAUCAGCAGGCCUUAACGUCGACUUUGAGUCUGUGUUUGGAAACAAAACUUCAAAUGCAUCAGUGGAUUCUGGUGGCUUUGAUGAAUUAGGUGGACUUCUAAAACCAACAGUGGCUUUUCAGAACCAGAAUCUUCCAUCUUGCAAAGCGCCACCCAAUAAGUUAGUAUUAGAUGACUUGGAUUCAUCUCUAGCCAACCUUGUAGGCAAUUUGGGCAUUGGAAAUGGGACAACGAAAAAUGAUGUAAACUGGACCCAGCCAGGAGAAAAGAAAUUAACAGGCGGUUCCAACUGGCAGCCCAAAAUCGCACCCACCACUGCUUGGAAUGCUUCAACCAUGCAGAAUGGCAUGCAUUUUCCACAAUACGCACCCCCUGUCAUGGCCUAUCCUGCUACAACGCCAACAGGAAUGAUGGGAUAUGGAAUGCCAUCCCAAAUGGGAGGAGUACCAGUAAUGACGCAGCCAACUUUAAUAUACAGCCAACCUGUCAUGAGACCUCCAAAUCCUUUUGGUCCUAUAUCAGGAGCACAGAUCCAGUUUAUGUAAUCCAGUCUGUAUGCCAGGCGGAGUGGAUGGAGCGAGGGGGGAAAAAAUCCCAGAAAGACCCGUGUGCUCAAGUGACCAACCCUUUUUUUGCAGCUCGGUCCAAACGGAGGUUCUCUCCCAGCUCUCCAGUAGAAGAGACUCAAAUCAUGCAGAAGCCCACGACAAAGCCCUCUCGGCCAACUUAAGGAAAUCUCAGCACCUUCGGCGUGGUAUAAAGCCAAGAAUUGCCACAAAUUUGGUGUGGGAUCUUUUUUCUAUUCCUCUCCCCUUCCCGCGGUAACUUAACAUGUUAGUAACUCCUGCCCCCCCCCCCCCUAUUUUAUAACAUUGAUUUGGUAACCUAUGAAAGAAGCUACCUAUUCUGCUAAUUGGUGUUCUGGAAAGCGCUCUUGGGAAUGAAGAGCUGGGCGCCUGGUUUUUCCUUAACUUCAGUGGCUUUUCUCUCUAGAGGAUCAAAUCCUAACACUUUUUAUUCUACAGCCCCCUCUCUCCAUUUCGUCACCAACGUUAGACUCCCUUACCGAAAAAGUUUUAACUUAAAAAGGAGAACAGGAAAAAAAAACCAACCCAACCCACCGAUUUAUAUAUUCCGUUUGCAUAGACAUUCCUUUAUGUAUUAUUGUUUGUAUUUAUUUAUGAUUAUCCGUUUAAAAUGACAAAAUGUAUCACAAAUCCUCCUCCUCCUCCUCCCCGGAGAAACAAACGCCGAUGUAUACUAUGGGUCUCCCGUUAAAAGAGUUCGUCUCCUUUUAUUAUUAUUAUUAUUUUAAUCCACCGGAAGAAUUUCUAGACAAUUCUCAAUCCACAACUCCUGCCCCGCGGAAUAUUGGGGCACGUUUCCAGCAGGUUGAAAAAUGCCCCCUUUGUGGAAUACCCUCCAGGAAUUAAAAGAGCAAUCGAUCGACCCGACAAGACGGAGUUGCCAGUUCUGCUAAAGAUUUGGGGAAGAGGGAGGGGGGAACAGCUGACUGGUGGGAGCAUGGUUGUCGUUUCCCCCCCCCCCCCCCCCCCCGACCAGGAGUUCUCCUCCGGUGCUUUGAGAAAAAGCUUUUCCUUGCUUUGUGCUUGGCAUGCCAUUUAUCUUACACUUGACAUAACAGCCUUUUCCAAAUGAAUGUGAGGAAUUGCUUUCACUUUCAAAGACUUUCCUUCUCUGUAUAAAAGAAAAAAAAAA